AUGUCAGAUAGUGAAACUGAACAAUAAAAAAAGGUGGUGCUCCCUUAAAUAAUCAUGAAUGUCUAUGACACCCAGUAUUAAGUGGUUCGUUAUGUGGGAUAAGAAAUACUCAAGUGGAAAUUAAUUGCGGAACCCGAAUCCUGGGAAUGGGAUGUCUAUUGGACGGAUUCUGGAGUUCAAGCAGAAAUGUUGAGCAGAAUGAAAUAACAUUAAAAAGUUAAUCAUUUUCCAGGAAUGUACAUAUUAGCUCGAAAAAAUAAUCUAGGUAAAUAAUUAACUAAGAUGCGUCGAAGGUUUCCAAAGGAAUUUAAAUUCUUUCCUUUUACAUGGAUGCUGCCUUCGGAUGCUCAAGACUUGAGGGAAUAUAUGAAGGGUAAGGGUAGAGAUGAGACUUUGAUUGUGAAACCUGAAGCCUCUUGUUAAGGUAGAGGUAUUUUCUUAACGAAAUCUCUUGAGUUUAUCAGUCCGACAGAGAGAUAUGUGGUGUAAAAGUACUUGGGUAAUCCCUUUUUAAUUGACGGUUUGAAAUUUGAUUUUAGAAUAUACGUCCUCGUUGCAGGAUGCGAUCCUUUGAGAAUAUUCGUAUACACAGAAGGAUUGGCCAGAUUUGCAACUGAGAAAUACCUGCCUCCUCAUCCGUCAAAUUUUGAUGAUCUUUGUAUGCACUUGACUAAUUAUGCUAUCAACAAAAAUAAUGAAAACUUUAUCUUCAAUGAGGAUGUCUAGAGAAUGGAUAUUGGACAUAAGAGAAGUAUGUCAAGCGUAUUUGAAAAAUUGAAAUAGGAAGGUAGGGAUAUCGAUCAAUUGUGGAUGGAAAUCAAAUAAAUCAUAAUAAAAACACUCUGUUCUGCUCAGCCAUUUCUUAAACAUCAAUACACCACAAGUCAACCGAAUAAUCUAAUGAAUAAUAUGUGUUUUGAAAUCUUGGGAUUCGAUAUCAUUUUGGAUAGUUCCUUCAGCCCAAUCUUGUUGGAAAUCAAUCACAGUCCUUCGUUCACUACUGAUUCUCCCCUGGAUCAAUACAUCAAGGCUAAUUUGAUUGAAGAUACAUUAGUGUUGAUGAAUGUGAACCGGGAAGAGAAGUACAGACUAAUAUAGGAGAAACACCAAGAAAUGCAAAAACGUAUUCUAACAGGUCGAAACAUCCGAAUGACACAGGAGGAUAGAAAGGCCAUUGUUGAAUAAUAUCAAUUGAUUCGAGAUGCUUAUGAGGACGAACACCUUGGGGGAUACGAGAAGAUCUACCCAUGUGAUGAGGAGUACGAGACCGAUUAUUAUACUUAAUUUCUGAAUUAUUCGAGUGAUAUCUUUGAGGAAUCAACAGGUUAUCGUUGUUGA